UAUCUAAGGAAAAUCAAUAAAGAAAUACAUGACCUGACGAAAUACUACAAAUCAAUCGAAAGUGGUGAAGCGUUCAGCGUCACGUUCGGAAUGAUAAUGACAAUGUUUGAUUGCUGCGGAUAUAACAAUGGAACGGAUUUUCUUGCGACGGGUGCACAGUUCACACACAGAGACUCAUACGGAGGGCACAAUUUUCCACUAAUCCCGUAUCCUGCACCUUGCUGCAAGAAGGGACACAUUGGAGAGGGUGCACUAGAAUGUCCUCAAAUGUUCACGGAAUUAAACAGCAACUAUCUCAGAGGUUGUAACAAGGGACUGCAUCAUAGUUUGAAGAAACCGGUCAUGUUGAUUGCUCUGGGUUCCUUGGUGAUUCCCAUCGUCGCGGUAAUGUGCAUCUGCUUAUCGAUUCUUGUCAAGUGGAUCGUCCCCAAGUUGUGCAUAUGA